AAGUUACAGGAUUCCUGAUCAGGAAUGAAGAGCUGAGAAAGUGUGUACAGGUAAAUGAAGGUCAGGUCAGCAGCAGGUUAACCCUGCAAGAGUGCAGAGCAGAUUCGACUCUGCAAGAGUGGCACUGGAAUCCUGAGACACGCUCCCUCAGCAACCCACAGACAGGAGGGUGUUUAACUGCACCUCAGAUCCAGGAGCAUGAGAGUGUUUGGCUGCAAACUUGCAGCUCUGAGGAUGAAGAUCGUGAGGGCCAGACCUGGAGCUGCUCUAAAAAGAGUCUCCUGACGUUACAUGGCAAGGGUCUGCACCUGAGCAUACGUCACGAUUCCUCCAAGGUCUUCCUUUCCAAAGAUCGUGGGAAAGGCAGCAAGUGGAGGACGCUGGCAAAUCAAACGGUAUGCGAGGAGACAGACAGCACACAUCACGGCCAGAAUGUGUUACAAGAUUCUCAGCAGACACUUUCGACUGGACCCCGAAUCCUCACACAAAUUCGAUAUUGGCAUUCUGGGAAUAAUGACCAGACCUCCAUAUUAAAGUCCACUGAAGCAACACAGACAUCAGAUGCAUCGGCUGAACCUCAAAGUAGCAUGGAGCCUGAUGGACCUUCUGUUAAUGUGUUUACAACAGACUAUGGAACAGGCUGGAAAAUGACAAUGUUGCUUCUAAGCAGCUUGGCCCUGUUACUUGGGCUUGUGAUCCUCACUCUUAACAUCUACCAGAACAGGAGGAAGAAGACUGUGGUGGUGCUGAAAUCCUACACUCCGACAGGAGAGGCGAGUCUGCCAGGGUCCCCGGUGCCUAGUGAGAGAGCCCCUCUAACCCGACACCCUAUGAAAACUGCUCAGUCUCCCUCCAUCCAGCGAGGCGAGAUCCUUGUUGAAUGGAAAGAUGGAACAGUCACCCCACUGUUUGAAACAUAUCUAACUGACUAAGUGGUGUCUUAUAGAAGAAGUGGCUUUGAGUAACUUGCGUAUUGUUCCCAAGCAAACUGACAGACCUGCAUUGGUGGCUAAUUAAUUGUGAUUGAGCAAUAAUUUUUCAAAAGAGGGAAGGGAAU